AUUAAAAUGGUGUUUUUGGACAGACUUCUAAUGAUUUUAUUCUCACUCGUGGUUUCUUCUGGUUCCAUUUCUCUUUCAAUAUACCCGCCAAAAAAUCAAAUAUAUUCAGGUGAUUCAGUAACGCUUGAAUGUCAAAGCGAUGUGGGAAAUUCCUUAAACUGGUUUAGACAACGGGCAGAUAUUAGAGAAGCAAUUGGGACAGGAGUACAAUUAAAUGACUUCAUUAAAACUAAAAGAUACUGGAUAUCUCGUGACUCUAAACAAAGUGGAAUUAAAUCUACUUUAGCAAUUAACCACAUAAAAUACCAAGAUUCUGGGAUUUUUAUUUGUGAAAUUGGCGGAAAAACAAAAGAAGUUGGUGUAUCUGUUUGUGACACUUCCAAUCGAAACAAAGAAGACUCUGUUUGUACCUGUCUCAGGAAACGUUCGUGGGCAGACCCUACUUGCUUCGACGAACCUCCAACUGUUUCUAAUCUGAAGUCAAAACAUAAAAAAGCUAUUAUAGCCCUCAGUUUCUUCUUUGGUUUGGCUUGUAUAGCUUGUAUGGUGCUAGGUAUAAUUGUAAUAAAAGACAGAUAUUUUACGGCUCAAGAUGUGCAACGUCGUCAGGCUGCUACUGAUAAUAAACCUUACGAAAAGCACGAUAAUCAAGGAUUUGAGAGCGAAUUCGUUGAUUGCUAUAAGAUGCAAAUUAAGAACUCUAAUAAUGAAAACAAUUACUCAAAUUCAUUAGAAAAAAAAGAAUAUGACAAUGACCUACCCAGUAAUGGAGAUCUGAGCCAGUCUUCCAGAACGGCCAGUGUUGACGUACAUAAUUCCUAUAUUGAAGAAACACCCAUUAAGAAUAGACGUGAAAACUUGGGUAAAUUCAGCAGUAAUAAUCAGGCUUUGAACGAACUAAGUCCCCGUGGCCUAUACUCUUAUGCUGAAAGAACAAGUGAAGGACCAAGUGUCCAUGUAUAG